AUGUCCAUCCGUAAUGUCGUCCUCGCUGGUGUAACCGGAAACCUCGGCCCAGCAAUCCUCUCCGCCGUCUCCUCCUCCCCCAACUUCACCGUCACCGUCUUCACCCGCCCAGACUCGAAGCCCUCCCUCCCAGCAAACGUCAAAGCAGUCCCCGUCGACUACGCCUCCAUCGAGUCCCUCACUACAGCCCUCAAAGGCACAGACGCAGUCGUCUCUGCAAUCCCACCUACCGCCGCAGAAGCGCAGACAAACCUCAUCCACGCCUCCGUUGCGGCUGGUGUCUCGCGCUUCCUCCCGUCGGAGUUCGGGUCGGACCUUGAUAACCCUAUUAACCGUGCCGCUCCGGUCUAUGCACCCAAGGUACAAGCUCAGGAGUUGUUGAAGUCUCUUGCGGCGGAGGGGAAGAUUACUUAUACCAUUGUGUAUAACGGGGCGUUCCUGGAUUGGGGCCUUCAAGCUGGGUUUCCGAUUUCGCCGGUGAAGAAGGUUGCGGCUUUGCAUGAUGGCGGGGAGAGGCUUUAUAGUUCUACCACCCUGGCUGCGGUUGGGAAGGCGGUUGUGGGGAUCUUGGGUAAGCCUGAGGAGACGAAGAAUCGGGUUGUUAGGGUUAGUGAGGCGGUUUCGACGCUGAAGGAGGUGUUGGCGUUGUCGAAGGAGGUUGUGGGGAGUGAUGGGUGGACAGUCACGGAGCCGGAUGUGGAGGCUGAGGCUGAGAAGGCGUUGGGGUUGAUUAAGCAGGGGGUCUUUAACCAUGGGAGUAUAUUGCCCUUCAUCUACAAGGCUAUUUGGGGUGCUGAGACGGGUGGGUUGCUCAAGGACACGGACAAUGAGCUGCUGGGAAUCCAGCAGCUUGAUAAGGAGGGCAUCAAGGAGGUUAUUCAGGAUGUUGUUAACGCAAACCAAAAUUAG